AUGUCAGCACCGAAAGAUAGCACAGGUCCAGAGUGGCCAAGCUCAUCGAACUCGUCGGAUAACGAAAAAGGCAACGACACGGACAUCUCACAACCCGACAAUGAAUCCACUCCAACACCACCAGCGGUCGAAUUCGAUAAUCCUAAAGGGUGGAUAGCUGUAGCAGCAGCAGCAUGUUCUCUCUUCGUUUACCUCGGUGUGAUCUACUCCUGGGGCAUCAUGCAAGUCAGACUCGUCGAAGUAACCGGAACAAACCUGACGACCUUGACGUUCGUCGGAUCACUCGCAACAUCAUUCAUGAUAUCGCUCAGUAUUCUCUCUGGCAUCGCUGUUCGAAAGCUUGGUUACCAGAAAACUGCUCUAGCUGGUGGUGUCUUGAUGGGCCUGGGUGAAUUCCUUGCCAGUUGGACGACAAAACAUGUUGGAGCUCUUUUUGUCUUCCAUGGUGUGAUAUUUGGCAUUGGAGGAGGAUUAUCCAUCUUUGCAUGCUCGACUGCUCCGCUGAGGUGGUUCAAGAGACACCGUGGCCUGGCUAUGGGUAUCGUGUUUGGCGGAGGCAGCCUUGGUGCAGCUGUCAUGAGUAUCGCGACGAAUCUUCUCGUGAAACAAGUCGAUGUCGCGUGGACGUUCCGCAUUCUUGGUUUCAUGCUAUGGGGAGUCUGUAUCCCAGCUUCAUACUUCAUCCAGCAACCCGAAGGAUCCAUGAGUGCCGGCUUGAAGCUUCAGUGGUGA